AUGAAAGGCGAGUUGGGGAUGGGAACGAAUAUCAAAUUUUGGAUUGAUAUAUGGGAUAAGAAGGUUUGUGCAGCUGAUCGGUUUAAUCAGGAGGAGAUGGCUUUUAAUGGGUCUUGGAAUUGGACCAGAUCUCCGUACACUUCGGAGGAACUGUGUGAGCUUUCGAGCCUAGUAAACCUGCUGGAUGGUACGGGUCUGUCGAACAUGCAAGAUAAAUGGGUGUGGAUGGGCGCCAAAGACAAGGUGAUGUCGGUUAGCAUUGUAAAGGACCUGAUCAUAAGUAACAGAGAUUUCACUGACAGGUAUGUUUUCGAUUGGUGUAAAUGGGUUCCAAAAAAAUGUAACGUUUUUAUGUGGAGAGCUGUUAUGGAUCGGAUACCUACAUCGACUGCUCUGCAAGCAAGAAACUGCUUUUUUGAUAAUCCGGAAUGUGUUUUCUGUGGGGAAGGAAUUGAGAAAGUCGAGCAUAUUUUCUAUGAGUGCAUAAUAGCGGCUAGAGUGUGGCAAUAUAUAAGUGAUUGGUGUAAGUCUCCUCCUUUCUUUAUUUUCUCUGUCAAAGACCUUUUGAAAUAUCAUGAAAUUAAGGGGAAAAGCAAACUUGAAAAGAUGGUCAUCAAGGGUAUUAUAAUGACAAGCUGCUGGAGUAUUUGGAAAGCGAGAAACGAGAUCAAGUUUGAAAUGAUUAAGCGCGAUGCGACUGGAAUAAUUUAA